CACUGAGGCUUGGGUACCUAGCCGUCUUGGGAGGAACAGCCGUUGCGGAACGCUCGUGACGUCGUAUCCUUGACAGACUAUAUGGCAACGCCGGAUAGAACUUUAUUCUACAGCCUUUAUAAGUGACCUUGCGCCUUCUCGUCUACUCGUCAUAUCCGGGCUUACUGAGUUUCUUUCACGAUGCGUCUGCUCACUUUAUGUACCCUGCUUCCUAGCAUACUUGCUCUUCCGUCACAGACCCUCGACUUUUCAAGAUACACCAUUGCAUCUCGUGCUGAUACGUCUCUGACGAAUUAUCUCGGCGUCUUCUUCCUCGGCGACAAGCCGUCUGUCUAUUUCUACCUCUCCAAUGGCAACAACGCCAACUCCAUGACUGCUUUGAACAAGGGCCAAGCUGUCAUUAACCCUACGAAAGGUACUCUUGGAGUUCGCGAUCCAGCCAUCAUAUCUGGUGGAGCAGCUGAAGCUGGCAAAAAGUGGUACAUCAUUGGUACCGACUUGAAUAUCGGAAAGACAACGUGGGAUGCAUCUCAACGUACGGGAUCUCGCGGCAUCUUUGUCUGGGAAUCCGUCGACCUUGUAACAUGGACCAACGAACGCCUCGUCACCGUUGAGGACUCAACCGCGGGAAUGGUUUGGGCGCCCAGUGCUAUCUUCGACGAAGCCAAAGGCCAAUACUUCGUUCAUUGGGCGAGCAAGUUUUAUCCCACUUCCGACCCGCAACACACAGGUUCACCUUCGUCUAUUCGCAUCCGCUACGCAUACACCAAGGACUUUAAGACCUUUACCACCCCUCAGGACUACAUCAACCGAUCACCCACCAACAUCAUCGACCAGGAAUUCCUUGCUCUCGGUAACAACGCCUAUGCGCGCUUUUUGAAGGAUGAAAGCGCGAAAACAGUCUUUACCGAGAUCUCGACCAACGGACUUUUCGGUACGUGGUCUAGGCCCGCAGGUGCGAAUGCGAUCAUCGCGUCUGGCGUAGAGGGCCCUGCGCCUUACUGGGACAACCAAGUCGCUGGUAAGGCGCACCUGUUGCUAGACUUCUAUGGCGCCGAUGGAUAUAGACCCUAUGAGAGUACCAAUGUAAGAGGCGGCCAAUGGACAGCGAGUGAUAGGAGCGCUUGGCCUCAAAAUCUUAGGCACGGGAGUGUGUUGGGCGUUAAUGCGACUCAGGUGGAGGCGUUGAAGAAGAAAUGGGGGGCUUGAGCGUUUGGACGUCGGUGAAAAGCGGGUCUUGUGAACUUGGUUUCACUCGUACCUAGAGGCUUAAUGCGGCCUUUACGCCUCUAUAAUUGCGUCGUGGUAGACAUUGCAGAUUCAAGUCAGGAGUUUAUCCCUGUCUAGACC